GGGCGUGGCCGCGAGGGGCGGUUCCGGCGGCGCAUGGCGGCGCUUCCGCUCGGCGCGGCGGCACCGGCGGCACCAUGAACUACAUGCCGGGCACGGCCAGCCUCAUCCAGGACAUCGACAAGAAGCACCUGGUCCUGCUCCGCGACGGCCGGACGCUCAUCGGGUACCUGCGCAGCAUCGACCAGUUCGCAAACUUGGUGUUGCACCAGACUGUGGAGCGCAUUCACGUGGGCAAGAAGUAUGGGGACAUCCCUCGAGGCAUCUUUGUUGUGAGAGGCGAGAACGUUGUUCUGCUGGGGGAAAUAGACCUGGAAAAAGAAAGCGACACGCCUCUACAGCAGGUCUCGAUAGAGGAGAUCCUGGAGGAGCAGCGUGUGGAACAGCAGGCCAAGCAGGAGUCAGAGAAGCUGAAAGUGCAGGCACUAAAGGAGCGGGGUCUUUCAGUCCCGCGGGCAGACACCUUGGACGAAUAUUAGCUGUUCUGCCCCUUGGACAGUUUCCUUUGAGGUGGAGCAAGGAGUGCUUUGUGAUUUGACCAUGUGUUGACAGAUCUCUGUGCAAAGGUUGUUUUUUAUUUUAAGGUUGUUUUUCAUGCUACAGAUAACUGUUAAAAUCAUGCCUUUAGUUUCUCACAAAAAUUGUUAAGGAGGAGUGAAGGUGUUCAAUUAUCCUUGAAGGUAAACAAAUGCUCUGGUGUGAGUAAGAGUUUAUGUUGUUCAGGAGGCAAAUCACUUGAUUGUUUUUUUUUUUUUUUUUUUUUUUUUUUUUUUUUUUUUCCCCUCUCCCUCCGUAUGUGACUCUGAGCAAGAGUGUUCCUUGACAUGUAAAUAAAUCCUCAAUCUCA